ACCUGGCUUAGACUAGACUAUAUAAAAUUUAAAUUCCAACAUGGCGGAUUUGCAAGAACGAAAACUUAAAGAUGCUCAUAUGAGAGCCACGAUUAAUCAGAAAUUAGUUGAAACUGGUGAAAGAGAAAGGCUGAAAGAACUUCUGAGGGCCAGGCUAAUAGAAUGUGGUUGGAGAGAUCAAUUGAAGGCUUAUUGUAAAGAAAUUGUUCAACAAAAAGGUUUGGAACACAUCACAGUGGAUGAUUUAGUGAGUGAGAUUACUCCAAGAGGCAGAUCACUAGUUCCAGAUGAAAUAAAGAAAGAACUGUUGCAGAGAAUCCGAACAUUUUUGGCCCAGCAGUCCAACGUAUGAUUCUAGGAAAUGCUGCUUACUUAUUUUAUAUUAUAAUGGACUUCUUAAAUAGCAUACAAAAUUCUGACUUCCAUAUAAAGUAUUAGUUUUCUUUGCAUUUGUUGACUAAUGUAUUCUCUAAACACAAGUAAGCAUUCUAAAUCGUCUGUUGAGAUGAUACUGACAUUUUAAAAGUCUUUAUUUUCAAAGAUGUGUUUGCAUUUAUGUGUCACAUUAUUUUUUUUUCUAUGAAAAACUUUCAAACUUGGGGUAAAUAGCGACAUUUUCCAAAAGUUUAUCAAUAAUUUAUUUAAAACACUUUGAAUGAUUUUUAUUUUUAGAUUCUGAAUAUUUUUUAUCAAUUUGUAACCUUAUCUGGCUGAUUAAUGUAAGAAAAUCUGGUAGCAAUAAGGAUGCUUUGGCUGCCAUAAAAGAUGCAACUCUAAUUAUAUGAAAACAGUCUCACUUUUAUUUUUGUUUUCAUAACAAACCCUCAAUAUGUCAUUGUUUUUUUUUAUAAAUUUUAAAAAGAAAUUUUUUCACUCCUUUUUUUUUAUCAAUGUAGGUCUUUACUGUGUGCAAGAUUACUUAUUUUGCAUUUCAGUAUUAAAGCUCUGAUUUCAAAUAUUUUGUAUGUUUUCAUUUUCAUAAGAAUUUCACCUUUCUUUCAUUAAUGGAGCCUGUAUGACAGUUUUAUUUUCUUACAAAUUGAUGAAAAAUUUGGUAAAGAGAAAAAAAAAAGCAAUAUUUUUUUUCAUUGUAUAUUUCUCUUGUGGUAUUUAAAAAUGCCAUUUUUUUAAAAUAAAAAAUGAGUUUAGCAUGAAUAUAUUUUUUAAAUAAAUCUUUUUAAAAUCUUAUAAAAUUGAGGCUUAAAUAUGUUGACAAAAUUCACUUUUCUGUAUUCAUAAAUUGUAAGAUUCUCUAAUGUCAGAAUUAAUUCUGUUUUGCUACUGCAUUUUGAAUAUUACUUGUGUUUAGCUUAUUAUAAAGUAAUACUUUGUAGGGCUAUACUGUAAAUCUAAAACAUUUGGAGUGUAUAAAAGUAUUGAUGUCCCAUGAAAUGAUACAGAAUAAAAUAGAAAGUUACAGUGUUGCCACUCUGUCUCCUUGAAGUCAUUUUAUAUUUAAAUGAUAAAAACAACCCAAUCACUUGAUUAGGUUUCAAGAACUUAUAAUCACCUUGACACCAUUUAAGUAAUGUCUUGCAAUACCAUUUGAUAUUGACAUUUCAUAGAUUUAAAAGUAACAAACACCUUGCACUAAUGCAAUUUUAUACCCACAAAGACAAUGCUGCAACUAACACAACAGUACUGUCAUAUGUUACAUGGUUACAGAUAGCUUAGAUUAAUUAGAAUCUACUGUGUAUCAGAGCAUUUCCUCCUAGACUAAAGUGUAUUAAUCAUACUAUUUAUUUUACCAACUCCUGUUAAAACUCUGGCCUGUUUCACAAUCUUGUAUGUAUAUUUUGAUCUUUUAAAUCAUAUGUUCAAGUUACAUUUGUGUACACUUAAAUACUGCAUCAUGAUAUUUUUAUUUAUCUCCAUAUCUUUGACCAAUUUUACACAUAUUUUUAUGAAAUACAGAUUUUUUUUUUUGUCAGGGUUGUCCAUGAAUUGCCAGUUUUGCUCUAUUUGAAGAAGUAUUAUUUCCCAUGCAGUGCUCAGGUUGUUCACACUUGUGGUAUUUAUGUAUUAUAAUGGAGAUGGGACAUUUCUUAAUUUGCUUUUAUAAUUCCUCCUUAUUUCUUUAACUUCAGUCAAAGCUGUUUUAUGCUACAAUACAUGUAAUUACACUUAAUUUAUAGGACAUGUGUAUAUGGUAAUCAGUGUCAUAGUUAGACUUGAAAAGGCCCUAAGCUAUAUGAGAUAUUGGUCCCUUAAUAAGUGCAGUUAUUAUGUGUCUGCUAAAUAUUUCUUGGGGGCAGUUAAGUACCAGUAUAGCUUGUGCUGCUUAAAGGUAAACUCAGGCCCUGUUUUUUAUAGCUUGUUUUAUAUAAAUAAAGAAAUCUUACUGUCUGCAGUUUGGUAAUAGGAGUUUCUAUCAAUGUUGGUUGUAGUUUUGUUGUUGUAUUUGUACCUAUAAUUAUAUACAUGCAAAUAAUUCAUUUACAAGCUACAUGUAUCAGUUUGAUGAAAAAAAAGUCACCAAAUGGGUGUAAAAUAUUUUGUUCAAAUUUUUCAAAUACUUUAUUCAACAAUCUGUUCAUGUCAUGUGUUGCAUCAAUUUAACAAGGAAAUAAAUGUUCACUGCUGAUCAAAAUUGUA